GACUUGAAUGGGGAAACGGUUGCACAGGUUAAUAUAUCCGCUCGCCAGAAAACUGGAAAUUUGUCUCCAAAGGGCAAAGACCUCCAGGAUGUGUCCCGAUCUCCUGUGAUUCGAUCCGAGCCUUUGUCAAUGAUUUACCACAGCAUUUGCGAGACCAGUGGGCUCAAUGCAUCUUCCAUUAGUAUUGACACCAAGGGGUCCCAAAGCCUAAAGCUUUUGUUUGCAGCUAUUUAAUAGUGACCAUUUACGUACGGAACAACGAUGUGGUGGAGCCCAGGACAGCUUUCUCCUUUGAUUCUCUCUAUAUGCUCGCUGUCCUUAACAUCGCGUCAGGCUACGGUUACCGCACACAGCGAGCUCUCGGCGUUGCCCUUCCAGAGAAGAACCAGCAGAUAUGUUAAUUCUCCGGCUCCUGUUGACUGUCAGCUAAGCCAGUGGUCCGAGUGGACUGAUUGCUUUCUUUGCCAAGAGAAAAAACACCGGCACCGGACCCUGCUGCAGCCGGCCAAGUUUGGGGGCCGGCCGUGCGCGGGCCACCUCUGGGGCGAGGAGCACUGCCGUGCCGCCGGGAGCUGCGCCGGGAGCCGCCGCUGCGGAGAGGACUUCCAGUGCCAGGAAACCGGUCGCUGCAUUAAACGUCACCUGGUAUGUAACGGGGAGGCAGACUGCAGAGACGGGUCUGACGAGGAUAACUGCGAGGAGGAAGACAUCGAAAGCUACUGUGAAAACGCGUUCCCAAUCCCGGGGGCUGAAAAAGCUGCCCAAGGCUACAAUAUCCUAACACAGGAAGACAGGCUGUACGUAUACGAUCCUAAAUUUUUUGGAGGCCAGUGUGAGUAUGUUUACAACGGAGAGUGGCGGGAGCUGAAAUACAACUCUGCAUGUGAACAUCUGUACUAUGGAGAUGACGAGAAGUAUUUCCGCAAGCCUUACAACUUCCACAUCUAUCAAUUCCUAGCUCAUGCUGAUUCUGGAUUCUCUUCAGAGUUUUACGAUGAUUCAAAGGACCUGCUUGAUGCUCUCAAAACUGAUAGAUUCAAAACAUCCGGCUUUACCUUUGGAAUUGGGCCUCAGCUUUACCAGUUUGAGCUUGGUUUCACUUUAUCACACAAGAAAGGAACCCUGAAGAAUUUCACACAGUACGAUGCAAAGGAGGUUGGAUUCAUCAGAGGUGUCACGAAGGUGCAGACUGCCCGCUUCAAGAUGAGAAAGGAGAACAUCGUUCUGGAUGAAGACAUCCUGCUUUCUCUGCAGGAGCUUCCAGACAGAUAUGACUAUGGGAUGUACGCCAAGUUCAUCAACGACUACGGCACCCACUUCGUGACGUCCGGGACAAUGGGAGGUGUCUUUGAGUACAUCCUCGUCAUUAACAAAGAAGAAAUGAGAAAAAAAGCCAUCAGCUCUGAAGACAUAGCUUCCUGUUUUGGCGCGUCAGUGGGCAUUGUAGCCACAAAGUCCGAACUAGAUUUGGGAGCAUCCUUAUCGCACUCUGAGUGCAAAAAUAAAGGAUUUCGUAAAGCUGAUGAAAAGAGCAGCAGUGCCCUUGUGGAAGACAUUAUUCCCCGGGUUAGAGGUGGAGAUACCAGUUACAGCGGAGGCCUCUUAAACAGCUGGGAUUCCAAUAUCUAUCGGCGCUGGGGGAGGUCGUUAAAAUAUAAUCCUGCUGUUAUUGAUUUUGAGCUCCAACCCAUACAUGAAAUGAUCCGCAGAAGCAACCUGGCCAACAUGGAAACCAAACGGCAGAACCUGCGGCGGGCUCUGGAGGACUACUUGGCGGAGUUCAACGCCUGCCGCUGCGGGCCGUGUCACAACAACGGGGAGCCCAUUCUGGCAGGAGACACGUGCGUCUGCCAGUGCCAGCUGGGCUACAGCGGCCCUGCCUGCGACCAGAGCAAACGCCAAGGCACGAAGACGAACGGGCGCUGGAGCUGCUGGUCAGCUUGGACUCCCUGCCAGGCUGGAGCAAGGAGACGCAGCCGGCAGUGCAACAACCCGGCACCGCAGAACGGCGGGGCACCGUGCCUGGGGAAAAGCGUGCAGACGAAAGCGUGUUAACACCCAGGGGGACUGCAGCAAGGCAGGGUAUUGCUCACUGCAAGUACACGGUCUUGUUUUGGAGCCUGUGCCGGGCUAUAAAUACUCCAGGCAUAAUUCUGCAGUGGAAUUACACUGGGGACAAAUAAUUAUGAAGUAUUGCAUUUACAUACAUACAAAGACAUAGUGGAUUCACUGUAUAAAACCUGAGUGCUGUCCAGGCAAAUUCCUCCAUCUGAUUCAACGCCUUCCUGCGUGCCCCCUUACUCUCACACCCCUCCAGUUUCGUAGCAUCUCCACCAGCCACAGGGACACUGGCGUGAUACAGAAGAUGGUGGAGAAUCAGCCCCAGUGGUGGCAUUGCUGCGUGAUGGUGAGGUUAUAAGUAGUCAUAAAACAGAUUUACUAAAACUGUUUACACAAGUAAGCUUUGCUCGCAGAAAUUUUUAUAUUUGCCUUUGGAAAACAAAUUAAAAGCUCGUGAUCCUUGCAUUUUUAUGCAGUUGGUAUUGACAUACGCACCAUGAAACUUUUAUAAGUUGGCACUGUCAGAUUUUAAAGUGUAGCAUAUUGGGCAGGGCUGCAUUUUCAGCAAAGCCAUAUGCUGAGCGGUAUGGGAGGAAGCUUAAGCCCAAAGAUGCUGAAGAGUCAUGGUGAAAAUGUGAAUCCAGACUGAUGAGAAUCAUAAAUAAACAAACAAAUAAUAAAAAGACAGACCCAAACAAAACCAUUCUACAGAGGAUGCUCACACACAAGUGAAGGCUAUUCCUCUUUAGGAUCAGUGAUGAAUUGACUAUUAGAACAGAGGCAUUUUAUCUCCAAGGCACCAGAGCUGGAGAAGAUGCUAACGGGCUGCUUGAUUUAAGGGCCGUUUUUGAAUGUAAGACGUAAAUCUCGGCACAAAAAUACACACAGUAUUGAACAGCAUCCAGAGACUGCAGCGAGAGCCCACAGCUCAGGGCUCUUAAUGAACUGCUGCAAAAACCUGGGGUGGACAGAAAGCGAAUGGCACUUCAUUUUACUGUGCUUUUCAUUACAAGGGGAGAAGAAAAAAAGCCAUGAGAAGGAAUCUGGCAUUAUGAAAAGCAACAACGGCAACAAAACCUCAAAGCACAAAGGAGCACUUAUAUAUACAUGUGAAUGGAAAGAGGGAGUAGAAAGGAAUCAUGGUUUAGUGAAAGAAAUUGCUUAGCUAUAGCUCUGAUUCUUGGAAAUGCUUGUUUUUCAACAGCGUGUCAGUGGUGAUUUAGAGUCUGACACUUAGCUGAUGUAAAUCAGCCCAGCUCCUUCGGUGCAGCUGAUUUAUGCUACCUGAAGAUCUGGCCCCAUAUUUUCUUCUGUGCGUGCAUUUGCCGAAAGAAAAUUUUUUUCACCACUUCUUCCCCUUUGCUUGAAAAAGAAACUACAGGCUCUUUUCUUAUAAGAAAACAACCAACCAUGUUGUCUUGAACAUUGAGAUUUGAUUUUGCUGCAGAAAAACUCCUACAACAGCUUUCUACGACAUGGGCAAAAGGGUGAUAAAAUUGUGGCUUUUUUGCCCACCUUGCUUUUCCAGGAAAACGUUACAUUCCUGCAGAGAUGAACCUGCUCUCCAUGGCUUUAUUCUGAUGUCCUCCAGGUCGGGGAAAAAGCGUCAUGAAACACCACUGACAUCUGUACGAUUUAGACAUCCAAGAAGAAAGUGAAACGUAGGAACGAAAAAUAGUUUUCCCAUCAAAUAGUACUGUCAAUACUGUUUGGCAACGGGCCAGCACAUUGUGUUAAAAACAGGAGACUGCUGCUACACCAAGUGCUGCUACGCCAAGGAUUAACUUGGCUCAUGGGCUAUUUUUACUUUUACAUACACUGCUUAGGACUCAGGAAAAUGCCUGCAAGUAAAUGAGUAAACACUCAUCUUAGUUAGAAAGCAAAGUAUGCCUCUCCUGUGACCAGAGGGAAGAAAUUAAUGAAUAGAUAGAUUUGAUGCCUUAAAGGCUGGGGAGUGAUGAGGCCUGCAGAAAAGGCAACCUGCAUCCUCAUCUUUUGAGUCAUUUCUA